UUAUCAUGGGUAGGCCUAUAAAUACACACUCCCUCUCUGUCGCUACAACGCUUCUGGAUCUUUACUGAGACACACUUCUUCACUUUAAGAACACACGACAGACUCCAGGAGACCCAUCAUGUCUUUCAUCCAAGCCUUCCUGCAGCAGACGGUCUAUAUGGGCAUGCCCGAUGACUCAGUCCUCAAGAAAGAGGGAACAGUGACUGCAGCACUCAAUUUCAGCCCCGAUGGAGAUGCAGCAGUUUUGGAGAAGGCCAUCAAGGCAAAAGGUGUGGAUGAGAACACCAUCAUUGAAACGCUGGUGAAAAGGAGCAAUGAGCAGAGACAGCUGAUCAAAGAAGCUUACCAGAAAGCCAGCGGCAAGUCUCUGGAGUCAGCACUGAAGAGUGCUCUGAAGGGGGAUCUAGAGGAAGUGGUGUUGGCUCUCCUGAAAACACCGGCCCAGUACGAUGCCCACCAGCUGAAAAUGGCAAUGAAGGGUCUGGGCACAGAGGAGGAAGUCCUAAUAGAGAUUUUGGCUUCCAGAAACAACAUGGAGAUCAUAGAUAUAAAGAAAGCCUACAAAGAAGAUUACAAGAAGGACCUGGAGAAUGAUAUCAAGAGUGACACUAGUGGAGAUUUCAGGGCUGCCCUCCUUGAACUCUGCAAGGCCAGCAGGACUGAAGGAGUUUGUGAGCAGAUGGUUGACAGCGAUGCCAGGGCUAUAUACGAGGCCGGGGAGGGGAGGAAGGGCAGUAAUUGCUCCGUCUUCAUUGAGAUCCUCACCGGCAGGAGUGCGCCUCAUCUCCGUAGCGUGUUCGAAAGAUACUCAAAGUACAGCAAGGUGGAUAUGGCCAAAGUUAUCGAUCUGGAGAUGAAGGGAGAUAUUGAAAGUUGUCUCAUGGCAGUAGUGAAGUGUGCUGGAAGCCGGCCUGCAUUCUUUGCUGAGAAGCUCAACUUGGCCAUGAAGGGGAAAGGUACCCGUAAAAAUACCCUGACGCGCAUCAUGGUGAGCCGCUCUGAAAUAGACAUGAAACGGAUCAAGGAAGAGUACAAGAAAACCUAUGGCACAACACUCUACAGCGAUAUUCUGGAUGACACGAAAGGAGACUAUGAGAAGAUUCUGCUCGCUCUCUCUGGGAGUGAAAACUAAUCGCCAGUCAAUGGGAUCACGGCUCAUACAACUGAAGAGCCAGCACAGCUGUAGACAAUCACCUAUAAUCCGUUGACACAUAUUGGGACCUAUGCUCUUGUGAAGAACUGACAAGAAUGUCUUUCUUUUUGACUGUCAUGACAUAUUAACAGCAAUGCGCAAAGAUUAACAUGGAAUUGGCUCCUUUGGCAGAUAUUUUCUCCAAGUUAUUUCUUUUCAUUCCAACAUCUGCAUCUCAGUAAUCUGACAGCAGUAUGUUAGACCUACACUUUGGGACAGACUUAGCUUAUCAAUCAUUAGAUUCUUAUAUCCGGUGUUUGAAGAGAAGUCAGUAAUCAGAGGUCAGCUGCUGACAAAUGUAAACAGAUCAGUAGGCAUACCCUUGAAGGAGCUUGGACAACUUGCAAAUAAAAGCUUUUAUAUGAAAGCC